AGUAGGUCGUAACACAUGUUUCCAAUCUGAUUUUGACAUUUUUCAUUUAAAUGUUAAGCAUUUGAUAUCGUCUACUCGUUCACAAGCUGUGUUCAUUUAAUAGCUCAAAAACGAAUCUUAUUUACUGCUGUACAUGUUGCUAUAGUAACAGCGUCCUUAUGAUAAACGAGACUAUAAGCUCAAAACAGUUUCGCUAAAUGAUAACUUUACACGUGGCAUAACUACAACUGUAAUAGUAAGGUCAAAUAAAAAAUAAGUUGCUGCUGGUGAACUAGCAUAACAACUUGGAUCCCAGUAUGGUAAAUAAAUAGAACAGAAUAGCUGAAUUGUUUUACCAGUUCAUUGCCACUGUUAUCUAAUGAUUCCUCUUGGUCGUGAAGGAGAUACAUCUGAGAGAAAGUCGGUGGAAAUAGUUCAGAAGCCAACAACAAUCUGAUGAAUAAAAUACUCUCCGUUAUGUCUGACAUACGGCAAAGGUCCAGCGGAUCAUACGAUAACUUUUCGACAUUUGGAAAGCAAACUCAAGGUAACCAUAGCAACGGAUCCAAAUCGAUCUUCAAGCGGAUUGUGAAAGUUGGCGUCAUUGGUUUAAUACUUGUUGCUAUAUCGUGGUAUUCGAUCAGUUGGAUUAAGUUUAGUUCUAGAUCUGAGGAGACGCUAGAUACAGGUAGAGAACUCCUGCAGACACAGAGAAGCAUUUACUUCACGGAUGCAGCCCUUGAAAAGGAUGUAUUCUUUUACUUACGAGAACCCGAUAAUUGGCGGAGCAUGAUGGAACAUUGUGUUAACGUUGAACAGACGUCAUAUCAUCAGGGUGGCGGUAGGCCGGGGGACGAGAGGUCUACGUGGGACGUCACCUUUAACUAUAAGGAUCUCUACGAGGAGUUCGUCAUGUCGUUAGCUGUAAUAGUCAGUCCGGAGAACAGGGUCAUUGUCUAUGUGUACGACUGGGAAGUGGAGGGUAAAAAAUAUUUGAAAGGUGUCACCACCUAUCAAUUCAUAUCAGGAAUAAAAGACUCCAGUGAUGGUUGGACACUAAGACAACAUACAAACCUUCAAGUUGAUACAGUUAACUUCCUACCAGUUGCUGCGUUAGACACAGAAAAUGUCAAAGCAAUGGAGCACAUCAAAACAAACUUUAAUAAGAAAUGAUAGGAUUAUUUUCCAAAUAGCCUUUGAACAAAUUCCACGUAAAUUCCGAAGAACCUAUCGAGGGUGUAAGAUAAAAUGAAUGUGGUAUUGCUUUACUUUUAAUGGAAUAGUUGCAUGGGGUCUAGUGGAAGUAUCCCCAAACUUUCCAAAUGUAGACUAUUUACCAUUUGAUUCUAACUAAUUUGAAUGGACCAACUGGUGCUGUUGUCAACGUCAUAAACAUAACUAUUCUUAUUAGAAAUCCACUGAUAACAUGGGCUAUUUUUCGAUUUAUUUUACUUAGAAUGGACAUACUCAUGCAUUGUAUUGUAUAUAUUUUGCAAAAGCAAUAUAGGCUAUUUAGUAAGGAUGUCAAUGUGUAGAAUUGUAAAGAAAUAUUCUUCAAAUUGUACAUUUUUUAAUAGGUCACCUAUUCACCAGAGUUGUAAAUAAACAUAACAAACAAACUAACCAAUGUUUAUAUUUUUAAGAAGAAUUAUC